CGCGCCGGGACGCGCUGCCGACGCGCCCCCCCUUCGCCCCCAGCUCCGGCGGCUCGCGGAGAGAAGGUCUCCACCCCUGGGCAGGAGAGGGGCUGUCCACAUUUGAGGCACGUCCGGUGCUUUCUGUGCUCUUGGACAGAACACCUACAGCUGCUUCCACAGGGCUAGGAGCCAGGCCUCAGGGACAAACAAGCCAUGGACUUCCCAUAGCCUCAGCAUUUGAGGGCAGCACCUUAGGAGAGCAGGGGCACAGCCUCCAUCCACCCCCUUUCACCGAAAAGGAAGGAGCUGAGAAGCGGACCCUUAGCCCAGCCCAGCGCCCUCCCCAGGCUCCCACCGUGGGCAUGGACCAGCAGCUGUGAACAGCCAGAGCCAAUGCCGGGCCCCCAGGGGGCCGGAGGAGCCCCAGCCAUGAACCUGGGCAAGCUCUCACCCGUGGGCUGGGUGUCCAGCUCGCAGGGGAAGAGGCGGCUGACUGCGGACAUGAUCAGCCCCCCACUCGGGGACUUCCGCCACACCAUGCACGUGGGCCGUGGCGGGGACGUCUUCGGCGACACCUCCUUCCUCAGCAACCACGGUGGCAGCUCACGGGGCGCCCACCGCUCGCCCCGCAGCUUCCUAGCCAAGAAGCUGCAGCUGGUGCGGAGGGUAGGGGCACCGGCCCGGAGGAUGGCUGCCCCACCUGCGCCCUCACCUGCUCCACCCGCCAUCUCCCCCAUCAUCAAGAACGCCAUCUCCCUGCCUCAGCUCAACCAGGCCGCCUACGACAGCCUCGUGGUGGGCAAGCUCAGCUUCGACCGCAGCCCUGCCACCUCCACAGAUGGCCACUCCAGCUACGGCCUGGACUCCGGGUUCUGCACCAUCUCUCGCCUGCCUCGCCCAGAAAAGCCUCGUGACCGAGACCGUGAUAGCUCCUUCCCCUCUGAGCCUGAGCUUCGCCGCUCUGAUUCCCUCCUGUCCUUCCGCCUGGACCUCGACCUUGGGCCCUCUCUCCUCAGUGAGCUGCUGGGGGUCAUGAGCCUCUCAGAAGGCUCUGCAGCCGAGACCCCAGCCCCAGCCCCUGCUGCAAAUGCCACAGCCCCUGUUGCACCCCCCCCGACCCCUGCCUCAAGCCCCCCACCCCGUGGACAGUGCCCCAAUGGGGUAACCCUGGGGUUGGGCCCAACAGCCGAGGCGAGGGCCAGCCCGGUAGGAGAGCGUCCCUGUGCACCUGCUGACAUAGGCCCCGGCAGGCACUGGGGAGCAGGCUGUGGUGGCAGCCAAAGCAGCUGCCACUACGCUGAGAUGGAUGCUCGGCGGGAGCUGGUCGAGGUGCUGCCCCAGGCUCGGGCCUCUUGGGAGAGCCUGGACGAAGAAUGGGGGCCACCGCAGGCAGGCAGCAGGGCCUCUGUGCCCAGCACGGUGCAAGCCAACACCUUCAAGUUUGCUGAAGCUGAGGAGGAUGACGAGGUCAAGGUGUGAGCGGCUGGGCAUGGGCUCGGGACCCCAGCCAGCCUCGGGGCACCGCCUAUGAACUCCCCAGGCGCAGAGCCAGCCCCUCACCUGACAGCUGGGUCCCGCCAACGAAAGAUGGGAGAAAACCCAAGUUGUCCCGAGACCCCUCCACACCUCUGCAGGACAGACAUGGGAGGGAGGCCAGAGGAGACCAGGCUUGUCCUGGGACCUGGGUGUUCCCAUGGGCCGUGCUGGGCCUCCCCGCGUCCCCCCACUGCCACUCUGGACCCAGUAGCCAUUCCUCGGGCCCACCCGCCACCCCAGGCCAUCCCCACCAGCUGGAGGGCCUCGCCUCACAGUGCAGCCUUUGUGCUGGGAAAGCUGCCCUUGCUGGGUGGGGGUGGGGAGCAUAGCACACAGAGCCUUUGUCCCCUCUCCCAAAGGGACCGCCUGCCCCAGCUCAUCCUGGAGUUGCCCCCAGCAGGGUCCCCACUGCCUUUCUGAGAGCCCCAGCCCUUGCUAAGGCUGCUUCCCCGACAUUCCCCCUGCCACCCCACUUGUCCCAGAAGCCUCAGAGAAAAGUCAGGUGUGACCUCACAGUGGGGGAAUCCUACUUUCCCGUGCACGCCAGACCUGCCUCUGGGUCCUGAUUAAAAAAGGCUUUUU